UCCUGGAAAGGCUCCCUCCAGCCAAUGGGGAGCCGCGGCCGCCGGCGGGGGCUGUGCUUUUGGGCCAGCCCUGCCCCCACCCCACCGGCCCACCCCGCACACAAAAGCGGCGUAAUUCACCGCCUUACGGAAGCCGAGCCUCUGACGGCGGCGAGCCGGGGAGGGAACGCACCUGACAGUCACCGGCUGCGACGGCGAUGACCGGGGACGCAGCCGCCUGCGGGCGAGGGGGAGCCGGCCGCUAGCUGCACCCCGCUGCCCGUCCCCCGGACACAAGCCGCCCGGGGUGACCUUGCUUGGAUGCGGAGCCCGCCCCUGCGCGCAUCUUCCUCGGAUGCUCUGACCGCCCGGGGGCCGGCGGGGGAGGCGAGGGAUGCCGGGCUGCGGCGGCGCCGCGCUCGCCUUUGUCUGCGCGUAACCGGGAGAGGCCUCGGCGGUAACCAGCUCUCACCGCGGAGAAUUCAUCUCUGCUUCAAGCCACACGUGAUCCCAUGGGGACAACUGAAGCCACACUCCGGAUGGAAAACGUGGAGGUGAAGGACGAGUGGCAGGAUGAAGAUCUUCCCAGGCCGCUCCGGGAAGAGACGGGGAUGGACGCUCUCGGCAGCCCAGCAGAAGACACAUCCUCCCCUCCCAACACGCUGAACUUCAGCGGAGCCCACCGCAAGCGGAAGACCCUGGUCGCCCCGGAGAUCAACAUCUCCCUGGACCAGAGCGAGGGCUCGCUGCUGUCGGACGACUUCCUGGACACCCCCGACGACCUGGACAUCAACGUGGACGACAUCGAGACCCCCGACGAGACGGACUCGCUGGAGUUCCUGGGGAACGGCAACGAGCUGGAGUGGGAAGAUGACACCCCCGUGGCCGCUGCCAAGAACAUGCCCGGGGCCAGCGCCGACCUGUUUGGCGACGGCUCGGCGGAGGAUGGCAGCGCCGCCAACGGGCGCCUGUGGCGGACGGUGAUCAUCGGAGAGCAGGAGCAUCGAAUCGACCUGCACAUGAUCCGGCCCUACAUGAGGGUGGUGACCCACGGAGGGUACUACGGCGAAGGUCUCAGCGCCAUCAUCGUCUUUGCUGCCUGCUUCCUCCCAGACAGCAGCUCUCCCGACUACCACUACCUCAUGGAGCACCUCUUCCUGUACGUCAUCAGCAGCCUGGAGCUCCUGGUGGCGGAGGACUACAUGAUCGUGUACCUGAACGGGGCCACCCCCCGGCGGAGGAUGCCCGGCAUCAGCUGGCUGAAGAAGUGCUACCAGAUGAUCGACAGGAGGUUACGGAAAAACCUGAAGUCCUUGAUCAUCGUCCACCCGUCCUGGUUCAUCCGCACCGUGCUGGCCAUCUCCCGCCCCUUCAUCAGCGUCAAGUUCAUCAACAAGAUCCAGUAUGUGCACAGCUUGGAAGAGCUGGAGCAGCUCAUCCCCAUGGAACAUGUGCAGAUCCCGGACUGCGUGCUACAGUACGAAGAGGAAAGGCUGAAGGCCAGGAGAGAAAGCGCCAGGCCGGAAGAGAGGCCGGAGGCGGCGCCCGCGGAGCACAGGUCCGCUCCGGCCACAGAAGAUCAGGAAACAAGCAUGUCCUGAGGUGAUGAGAGAACAGAGAAGAACACAGAAGAAAAUACCAGAUGCCAAGAAACCUCUGUCCGAUGCCCUCUGGCCCUGGAUCUCAUCCCACCUCAUCCUGAGUCCCAGUCCUCGAGGGUGCCUGUCUCCUCCACCAUCUCUGAAACCCAGCAUCCUUCUUAGCUGCUUGAAAACAUUUUUUUUUAAUGAUGCAGUAGAAAUGCAUUCUGGGAAAGAAUCCAGUUCUCAGCCCUCCACCUUUCCAGACUCAUGAGCUCACAGCCAAGAAGAGAGAGAAGCACAGGGCGUGGCCCGUGUGUCUUCUGGCCACAGAGCCCCAGCCCACUCCACAACGUCCCGGUUUAAGGCCCUUCUCUUGCUUGACCUGGACCAGGUGGGAGCCAUAGAUGCCCCCCGGCUCCCUGGCCAGAUCUGGAAUUCGUUCUUGUGCCUUUCCUCCCAGAAUGGCUCCCGUAAUCCUGGGCAUCUGGCCGGGAAGCUCAGCCCCCCAACAGAGCUGUGCCCUGGGCACCUCCAACCUCACGGCUUUCUGUUUGACUGGCCCCCUUCUCCCCCUCUGUCAUCGACGAGGGAGCACUGGGGCCCACAGCACAAGUGAAGCUGCCACCGGUCAUCCUUGUGGCAGUCACACACCCUCUCAGUCCAGAACUUUCUCCAGCCCCUUCACUGCACAUGCCACGCCCCAGGGCCACCGACCCGUCCCUCCAAAGGGAACGCGCAGUUCCCACUUCUCCAACCCCCCAGCACGGAGUUGGGGUGUGCCCCGUGGGUUCCCGCCAAGGGCAGAGGCCGAGAAGCCGACUCUGAAACGGGCUCAUCCUGGAAACACAGACCAAGAAAGAGGAAGAAACAGGGUGUUGGUGUUGCUUUGUUUUGAAGGUCACCUGGGGACGUACGUUCCAGUGGGCUGGAUGCUCCAGCCACCUGUGCUCAGAGGAGACAGACUUCUGAAUUGUGGUCCAAACACCGGUCAGGUGGCCUCUAGCGGUAGUGAGUUCCCCGUCUCUGGAAGUAUUUAAGAAAAAGCGGGACUAUGCUUGCAGGAAAUGGUCCUCUGUGCCCCCUCCAGUCCUAAGAGUCUCUAUUUCUGUGAAUCUGGGCAAAAGUUGGGCAGACACACACCCCGGGCCCCUGUUUCUGGCUCUGUAGCUGGCUUCUUAGCUGGUUGUCAUUGAGGUUCAGUUGAACCAGCCCAGUUUCCGAGAAUGAGGUUCUCGGCCUCAGUGGAAAUGUCUGAUGCUUCUCGGCCUGGCAUGGCAGGGGGUUGCGUGUGGAGUUAUCCCAACAACAAGAGGGAGCUGGUGGCAUUUGGCACUAAGAAAAGGGAUGCCCAGCGCUUUGCCACAUCAAGGAAUUGUCCCAACGCCAGCAGCUCCUGCCUUGGAAAACGCCAGGUUCCUGAGCUGCUUUGGGCCUGCGUGUUCUGGGACCCAGCAUGGCCCUCGAGAGGCCAGGACGUGUGGGGGCCCCGUGGGGUUUUUGAUUUGUAGCUCUGCUCUCUUUCCCGGAUGUCACAUAACGGGCAGGGACCUCGUUCGGGGCCAGGUGCAGCACCUGGAGCCUGAGGCGGCAGGGGUUGGGGAUGGGCCUCUCUAGGCCGCCCGCCCGGCGAAAGGCCCUCUGUCCCAGGCCCUAAGCGCAGGUUCAGGUGGGCAGCCUUGCUCAUCUGAGACCGACCUGGUCCUGAAAGGCCCAAACUCCCACCCCAGUGAAGGCAGUAGCGCCUGGAAGGCCGGUGCCUUGCUGUAAGG